CGCUAUCUAACUGCGUGUCAGCUGCUGCAUUUUGCAAGGAUUUCAGGUGUUUUUUUCGAGUCAAAAAUUAAUUUUAUCAUAAAAUAAAAACAUUGGAAUAAUGAAAACACGCUUUAACACUUACGACAUCGUUUGUGGUGUCGCGGAAUUGCAGCGUUUGGUCGGACAUCGGGUAAAUCAAAUAUAUGACAUUGACAACAAAACCUAUUUGAUUCGAUUCCAAGGAGGGGAAGCAAAAACGGUGCUUUUAAUUGAAUCUGGCAUUCGCUUCCAUACAACUGUCUUCGAAUGGCCCAAAAACAUGGCGCCCUCAGGCUUCAGCAUGAAGCUGAGAAAGCAUCUCAAGAACAAACGUUUAGAAAAGUUGCAACAACUUGGCAUGGAUCGCAUAAUUGAUUUGCAAUUUGGUACCGGUGAAGCAGCGUAUCACGUUAUAGUCGAAUUAUACGAUCGUGGUAACAUCAUACUCACCGACCAUGAGCUGACAAUUUUGUAUAUAUUGAGGCCUCACUAUGAAGGUGAAGAAGUACGAUUUGCUGUUCGUGAAAAAUAUCCAUCAAAUCGAGCGAAGGAACAAGCUAACGAUUUAUCCGAAAAAGAUAUUCGUAACAUAAUUUCUAGCGCAAACCCGGGCGAGAAUUUAAGACGUUUGCUGAUGCCAAAAGUAGAUUUUGGACCGGCUGUCAUCGAUCAUGUGCUGCAUAAGUACAAACUGGAAAAUUGUGUGCUUGAGAAGAAAGAGAGUCCAUCUGAAGGUGAGAAAAAAGAGGAUAAUGUCCCCGCCGAAAUAGAGAAUCAGCUAGGUGAAAGCAAGGCCGGCAAAAAACCGAAGAAGCAAAAGAAAAGAGGAGGGAAUCCAAUUAAUACACGAAAUUUCAAUAUAGAGACUGAUUUACCUACUCUUAUGCAAGCAAUUCAAGAAGCCAACGAGAUUUUUGUACAAGGACGCUCUUCUGUCCCAAAGGGUUAUAUUAUUCAAAAACGUGAAGAGAAACCCGCAACUGAUGGUAGCGAAUCGAAAGAGGCCUUUUACCAAAAUAUUGAAUAUCAUCCAUUUUUGUUCGCACAGUUUGAAGGUCAACCAGUAUCUGAGUUUGACACUUUCAUGUUAGCUGUGGAUGAGUUUUACUCUACGAUGGAGGGGCAGAAAAUAGACCUGAAAACAUUACAGCAGGAGCGCGACGCUUUGAAAAAACUUUCAAAUGUUAAAAAAGAUCAUGCCAAACGUCUUGAAAACCUUACAAAGUCGCAGGAAGUGGAUAAACAGAAGGCUGAGUUGAUUACAUGUAAUCAACAAUUAGUUGACCACGCAAUAUCAGCUGUUCAGUCAUUAAUUGCAUCGCAAAUGUCAUGGUCCGAUAUAGAUAAAGUUGUUAAGGAAGCUCAGGCUGAUGACGAUCCUGUGGCUGGUGUGAUUAAGCAACUGAAAUUGGAAACUAAUCAUAUAUCUUUACGGCUCUCAGAUCCAUAUAAAAACUUUGAGGAAGAUUCUGAUGAUGGCGAAACUAAUAACGAUGAUUCCGAUGGUUUGCCAACACUAAUUGUAGAUGUAGAUUUGGCACUAUCCGCUUGGGCUAAUGCUCGAAAAUAUUACGACUUGAAGCGCUACGCAGCGAAAAAGGAGCAAAAAACUAUUGACGCGUCACAAAAAGCCUUAAAAUCAGCUGAAAGGAAGACGCAGCAAACGUUGAAAGAAGUUCGUAUAAUAUCGACGAUAUCAAAAGCCAGAAAAGUAUAUUGGUUCGAAAAGUUUUAUUGGUUUAUUAGUUCUGAAAAUUACUUAGUUAUUGGCGGUAGAGACGCACAACAAAAUGAAUUGAUUGUGAAACGUUACAUGCGAGCAUCCGACAUCUAUGUACAUGCUGAAAUUCAAGGAGCUUCGAGUGUGGUUAUACGAAACCCCAGCGCAGGAGAGAUACCACCCAAGACAUUACUAGAAGCAGGCACCAUGGCUAUAUCAUACAGUGUGGCUUGGGAUGCCAAAGUUGUGACAAAUGCGUACUGGGUGCGCAGCGAUCAAGUCACCAAGACAGCACCUUCCGGUGAAUACCUGGGUACGGGUAGUUUCAUGAUACGCGGCAAAAAGAACUUCUUACCAUCGUGCCACUUGAUAAUGGGUCUGAGCUUACUGUUCAAGUUAGAAGAUAGUUUUGUAGAAAGGCAUCGUGGUGAGCGAAAGCUGCGCACCUUUGAGGAAGAGCAGCAGGAAUUGGAAGAGCAAGAACAACGAAUGAAUCAGUUGGGAAUAAAAGGCGAUGUGGAAAUAGAUCUAGAGGGUGAUGACCCGCUAGAUGAAGAUGCCGAGGCAGAAGAAACCGCCAAGCAGGGGCCGAGCAUCCAACAACUGGAGAAAGUAAAUGAAGAGAAUGAAGAGUUGGAUGUCUCGGACAACUUAACUAACUUCCCAGAUACGCAAGUAAAAAUUGAACACGAUACAGGGCGGAUUACCAUACGAAGUGACUCACUGGUAGACACAUCUCCUAACGUAGUACACCAAAAGCUUACAACUUCAGCCAAAGUAGAAAUAAAUGAGGACGAAGAAGCAACAAUCAUACCAGCUGCACCGGCCCGGAAAAAGCAGCAGCAAAAUGCCAAGAAAAGGAAAGAGGAGAAAAGAAAAAAAACGCAGCAGGAAUUAAGGCAACAGCAACAAAAUGCGGCUGAAAAAGAAGAAAAGAAUGCUUCGCAAAUAAAACGCGGACAGCGGGGUAAGCUUAAGAAGAUGAAAACUAAAUACAAGGACCAGGAUGAUGAAGAGCGUGAGCUGCGCAUGAUGAUCUUGAAGUCAGCGGGCAAGGAUAAAAUAAGUGCAGCCGAUAAGAAGAUAGAGGAGGAAAUAAAAACGCAAGUUUCUCACAAAGAAAAGAAGAAUUAUGAGAGGAAAGAGGAGCCGUUCCAGUUGGGCGGUGAUAUGGAUGAAGGUGAUGAUAUGCUAUCUGGUGCUGAUGUGGCCAUGUUAGAUUCACUUACUGGACAGCCACUGGAAGGCGAUGAACUAUUGUUCGUUAUACCAGUUGUAGCGCCUUACCAGGCACUGCAAAAUUACAAGUUUCGUGUUAAGUUGACGCCAGGCACUGGUAAGCGUGGGCGUGCUGCCAAGACAGCGCUAACCAUGUUUUCCAAGGACAAAAGCUGCGGUCCACGAGAGAGGGAUUUACUCAAGAGCAUCAAAGAAGAAGCGCUGGCUAGAAAUAUACCAGGAAAGGUGAAGCUUUCGGCACCCCAGCUGCAAAAGUUCAAGAAGUAAAAAUGGAUUUCAAGCGAUGGCUUCCAAAUAAUCUUGGAGCCUUCGCGAUUACGUCUGUGUGCAUUACCUAUACAAUGAAAAAAAAAAAAAAAAAAUGUGAAGUGAUGAUAUUAAAUUGUUGCUGAUUGUAAGAAAUAUGAAUUUUGAAUUCUAGUAUACUGUUUUAUUUACCUGCUAGUGGGUCCAUGUAUUUAACCCCUAAAUAAUAAAUAAAUUACGCGUGCGAUAUUUUCUCUUUA